CUCUCGAUCGUAGCUUACCUACAAACAACACUCACAAUCCAAUCAAAACAAAACACUUUUUAUUCUCUCUCAAAAUCUUCAUAUCUACUUUAUUCUCCUACUCAUCCAUCUCUGUCUCUCUAUCUCUAGAGCUAAUUAAGAAAAUGGGUCUCUUGUCAAAGAAAGCUAGUUGCAACACGCACGGCCAAGAUUCUUCGUAUUUUUGGGGUUGGGAAGAGUAUGAAAAAAAUCCUUACGACGAGAUCAAGAACCCAGACGGCAUUAUCCAAAUGGGUCUAGCAGAAAAUCAGUUGUCUUUCGAUCUCAUUGAGUCAUGGCUUGCUAAGAACCCCGACGCAGCCAAUUUCCAAAGAGAAGGCCAAUCCAUAUUUCGGGAAUUAGCUCUCUUUCAAGAUUAUCAUGGCCUUCCUUCCUUCAAGAAUGCUAUGGCGGAUUUCAUGUCGGAAAAUAGAGGAAAUCGAGUUUCUUUCAAUCCAAACAAGCUUGUCCUCACCGCUGGUGCUACUCCGGCUAACGAGACUCUCAUGUUUUGUCUCGCUGAUCCUGGAGAUGCUUUCUUGCUCCCUACGCCGUAUUAUCCAGGAUUUGAUAGGGAUUUGAAAUGGAGAACCGGAGCUGAGAUUGUACCGAUCCAGUGUAAGAGUGCAAACGGUUUCCGCAUCACAAAAGUAGCACUUGAAGAAGCCUACGAGCAAGCUCAAAAGCUUAACCUAAAAGUUAAAGGAGUCCUUAUAACCAACCCAUCUAACCCGUUGGGCACUACAACGACACGAACCGAACUAAACCAUCUCUUGGACUUCAUCUCACGUAAGAAGAUACAUUUGAUAAGCGACGAGAUCUAUUCGGGUACCGUUUUCACCAAUCCCGGAUUCAUUAGCGUAAUGGAAGUCCUCAAAGACAGAAAGCUCGAAAACACCGAUGUUUUCGACCGUGUCCACAUUGUUUACAGUUUGUCUAAAGAUCUAGGCCUACCUGGUUUUCGCGUUGGGGUGAUUUACUCCAACGAUGAUUUUGUUGUCUCCGCAGCGACAAAAAUGUCCAGUUUCGGUCUAAUCUCUUCUCAAACACAAUACCUCUUGUCCGCAUUGUUAUCAGACAAGACCUUCACCAAAAACUACCUCGAAGAAAACCAAAUCCGGCUCAAGAACAGACACAAGAAGCUCGUCUCGGGUCUAGAGGCUGCAGGCAUCGAGUGUCUCAAGAGCAACGCCGGACUCUUCUGUUGGGUUGACAUGAGACACCUAUUAAAAUCAAACACGUUCGAAGCCGAGAUUGAGCUAUGGAAAAAGAUCGUUUACGAGGUUAAGCUCAAUAUCUCUCCCGGUUCUUCGUGCCAUUGCAACGAACCGGGUUGGUUUAGGGUUUGUUUUGCGAAUUUGAGCGAAGAGACAUUAAAGGUAGCGUUGGAUAGAUUGAAGAGGUUCGUUGAUGGACCGUCGCCUACUAGAAGAAGUCAAAGUGAACAUCAAAGACUAAAGAAUCUAAGGAAGAUGAAAGUCUCUAAUUGGGUUUUCCGGCUAUCGUUUCACGACCGUGAACCCGAGGAACGAUAGUCUGUUUUUAAAAAAAAGUUAAAGUGUAAUAAGUAUGUUUUUUUGGUCAUUAUUUACAAGUGAUUGUUGGGCAAAUGUAUAUUUUUUUUAAUAUCAGAAUUUGAUAUUUUGGUAUAGUUUUUUUUAGGGAGAAAGUUCACUCAUUCCGUAAGUGUAACGGAUAAUGCAGUGUGGCUUUUCUUAUGUAUAAUUUACUGUCACUUUCUAAUGAUAUUUAAAAGUAAUAAUUGUC